AUGAACCAAUAUUUCCGGGCAAUAUUCGGUCACAUUGACGAGCGGAACGCUUCACUACUUGCACGACGCUCGCGAACGAGAGCCACACUACAAGCCUCAGUUCUUGAAGAACAAACAGAACAACAGGACAACCCACAACAAGACGAAGCAGACGACGACAACGCAGUUACCGCUCAAAUACAAGCAGAAAUCCACCAGCGGGCCAGACACGCCAUACAACAAGCAGAACAGCGAGAAGCAGAAGCACGCAGCCAGCGCGAAGACGAAGAGUUCGUCGCCCGCUGGAUAGAACAUACCUACGAAGAGCUUGCUGGUCAGCCAGAAAGACACGUGUUUGAAGCAAUCCAUCGUUCGCAAGCCAUGGCCGACCGCAACACCCUUAGGAGACAGGACUUCCUCCCCGAAAUCGGUGAAGUACCUGAUGGAUCCAUCAUUACGAUGCUUCCAACAAUAUUCUGGCUCCGCAUUGCGGAUAAAGACGCCCUCGCAUUCCUUACCGCUCUGGAACUAGACCAAGUCCCUCUGGUGGCUGAGCCAGAUCCUAACACAAAGCAUGUCGGCCACCUGAUUGCGGGUUUUGCUCCAGUCCCUUUACCAAAAAUACCAAACGCGAAGAUGCCACUCUGCGGGAUGCGUUGCCACCUAAAGCCUUCGACACAAGGCACAGGUUACAGGCUAUUUGACUGCAUGGGCCGCAAUGUCAGUUAUGAUCACGUCCUGUUACUGCCGCAAUUCAAAACAGUCGAACAGAGGGAAGAAGAGGCGUUGAUCCUCCUCCAGAAUAUAGUGGGGCAAUACGCGAUAUUAAUCCGUGAUGUACCUGGCCACCUGAGGGCAUACCGCGAACGGCGUUGGCGCCAGGAAAAGGCGUUGGUCAGAGCAUGCUGGGAGUUUGGGGAUAGACAGCAACUCUUCGCCCGUAUAUGCACCCAGGCACAUAUAGACAACUUGAUAGCAACAGACUACAACGAGCGCGACGUUCUGAUGGAACUAACAGGGCUGGACAUUAAUAGUCCGAACUUGCAACGCGCUGACAGGGACAGACUCGCAUGGUUUGUGGGCAAAUUCUCAACCUCCGCAGAAAACCUCUUCGUGCAUCAGAACCUUCGGUGGGGAGAAGCCUUGCCAUGGGAGGUCCUCGUCCCACGCCAUGCUGCGUACUCUUCAAAACUAUACGAAGUUAACCGCAGGGUCGCAGCAGCACGACGUGCAGUGGCGGAUCGGGAGAAUGCAGAACGUGAUGCACAAAUACUUCGUCGACAACAAGCCGAGCUGAAUCAGCGGAACUGGGAUGACUUCAUUGACCUACAGUCUGAUGACGGUGAUCCACCAGAACAACCCCGUGGCCGCAUUGUCAUACCUAUCGACCGUGAUCUCUGGCUGUUCAGCAUUGAGAGACAUGCUAAGUAUCGUGAUUCGCAGAAGCUUCAGGCCCAAGGUCAUCGCGCGUCUCCAUCUCAUCAUGAAUGCUCUGAGUUCCUCGGCAUCGGACCGCGACCGGAGGUGGGUCAGCAGGUGCAACAACAAUACAGGAAUGCACCAGCCUGGAGAGAACUCCAGGAGGCCUGGACAAAGGUCUCAGAUUACGACUUGACUCAUGGCGCACCUUGGGGAUUGCCCGCAAAGAAGCUCCAGGAAUACAUGAACCUGGAAAUACUUGACUGGGAGGAGCGAUUCAUCUAUCACCCUCAAUAUCGGGACGUGUUGCGCAGAAUUGAUGAGUGGUACCGGGGGCUCCCUGAGAACCAACAACAGGCACUUCAUCGCAAACCAAUUAACCAAUGGGCCGACCAAUCUGACAUCCAACCACCUCCAGCCGACUACGUGAGGCUUCCUGGACACCUACGGGUUGCAAUUGCCAAUCUCCGAACUUUUAACUGGCGCUAG